UCCACUGCAUUCCACUGUCUAUUUGUGCCAUCCUCCCUGCGACGCUUCGGUUCCUCCUCCCUGCACAACCUUUCUCAUCCUGGGAGUCGACCUACCGACAAGCUGGUUUCCGAACGCUUAGUCUGGCAUGGGAUUUACAAGGACCUAAUAGCUUGUAUACGGACUUUCCUGAGCUGUCAACAGACCACGGUCCAACGGCACAAUAAGGCCCCCAGUGGCAUCUUCCUCAGUCCUGGUGCAAGGUUCGGCCAUGUUGAUAUCGGAAGCUCCCUGCCCCUGUCUAAGGACUGUUUCGACCUCCUCACAUGUGUAAGUCGGUACAUCAGGCGGCUGGAGGCUAGCCUCCUACCUAAUGUCGAGGCCUUCACAGUGGUGAAGGCUUUUCGCAGUCAUUGGGCUGCCAUCUUUGGUGCUCCCUCAACAAUCACGACUGAUCACCGUGCCCAAUUUGAGUCUAACCUUUUCCAGUCUCCUCUUUCCUUUUUAAGCUGUAUUCCCAUCCGCACUACAGCCUAUUACCCAGCUGUCAACCGGGUGGUCAAGUAG